AGUCUCAUCCAGUCGCUGGCAUGAUCUUUACUGGAGGUUAUGGCAAACGACGAGCCGGCAACGGACAAAAUAGUACAAACAGUCAAAGGCAUCGACAACCAUCGAGGCAUCAGGAGCGCUCAUCCCUCGCAAAACUCCAUCAAUACUCGUCCUUGGACUCGACAUCGCCAACGGCAUCAUCGUCUAGCGGCGCUCCCGUACACUUUACAUACGACAACUAUCCUGGAUACGGCAGUUAUGAUUCCAAUUAUUACAAUAGACCGCAAAAGGGGACAUCUGCGGCGUCUCACACGCAACUCAUACAGAAGACGAGGGCGAAAAAUAUUACCAAAAGACGUUGUGCGAUUAAGAUUCAACGAACUCACGAAAGUAAUGGCCAUAAAUUUAUCGCCAAAUUCUUUCGACAACCGACGUUUUGUGCAUUUUGUAAGGAUUUCUUGUGGGGAUUCCGGAAACAGGGAUAUCAGUGUAAAACUUGUUUAACAGCUGUUCACAAACGAUGCCAUGAGAAGCUGUUAGGUCAGUGUUCCGGCUCUAGUUCUAAUACAGAAAGUACAAAUUACCUAAGAGAAAGACUUAAAAUAGACGUACCGCAUAGAUUCAGAGUUUAUACAUUUAUGUCUCCAACAUUUUGUGAUCAUUGUGGUUCCUUGCUCUACGGAUUUUUUCGUCAGGGACUCAAGUGUGAAGACGGUGAGUCAUAA